AUGGAAUCAGCACCGCAUCUGAUACUACCCGACGCUGAUGAAUUCGUGCGCGCUCCACACGCCGCAAACGCUGCAUUGCCGUUUGCCCCGAAGCUCGACAACGUGGAUGGCGCCGUCGAGGACGGCGACAUUCACGCCGCAAUUAACUCGUUUCUCGCUAUUCCCAACAGCUUCUGGGACUCAUCACUCCCGCCUUUUCUGGCGGCAGAACCUUCGCCAACCAAUGAAAGCGCGGAGGCCGCUGGAGACGCGCUCAGAGGCGCGGCGGACGAAAGCGGAGGCAAGCGGCGCAGCGACGCGGCUGCUAGCGCUCAAACGGAUGAUAACGCGAUUUGCAUUGGCGACGCGAAAGAUGCGAAUGCGACGACGAUGAAGCAAAUUUCGGACGAUAUAAAGCGAGAGGCCGCGGAACUGCUGCGACGGAACGACGCGCACUCCGAGUCGCUCAAGCUUCGGGCGCUCGAGCGGCCUCCGGCACCUGGCGGCAGCAACGCGAAGAAGCAGAAGCAGCAGCAGCGACACAAGGCGCAGCAGAACGCCAAGAUCCUGUCGGCGCUGCUGACGGCUCUUGCGUCGCUCGACCAGUGCUCCUCCGAGGGCUCUGCGGACGACGAAUCCGCACCCAACACGCCCUCCCCCAAACGGCGGAAGGCGGCGUGCGGAAAGACGGCCUUGGCGGCCUCCGCUGACGCACACGGCGGGAGCGGCAAUGCGGCGGAGGCCCCUGCGAAGACAGAGGGGCAGCCGUCGUCGUGUGAGGCUCCGCGUGUGAAUCCGCUGACAGCGCGGAAUGGCAGUGCGAACGAGGCCAGCGCGGCGGCACACGGCAAGAUCUCCGCGGGGACAGGACGCGGAGCGAGGAGCAAGGUAGCAUCGCUACCGGGGCUCACCUGGCAAGAAGAAAAGCGAGCUCCCGUUCAAGGCCUCGCGCAAGGAGCGACGGAAGGGCCGACGCGAGGGGCAACACACGGAGCAGGGAGGAAGGAGACGCGCGUGGAGGAAGAACAUGACGCAUGGGGCACCAAGGACGAGGUCCCGAACGUCCCAGGAAUCCCACAACGAGUUGGCACGGGCAGGAGCCUUCUGGACGCGUUCCUUGCAGACCUGCCCGAGAUUGACGGGCAUCUGGACGCUGUUAUGACAUCCCUGUGCUCUGAAUCUGCUACGACUGCCUGCACGACUGCCUGCACGGGAGGUGCUUCGAAGGACAAUGCUGCUUGCGCGGGUGUGGAUGGAACGCAAUCUGUUCCUUUACAGCCUUCCUCGCACCUCUCUCCACCCAAGACUCCCGUGCUUAGCCACGCGCCAGGGUUUGCGCAUGCGCAUGAGAAGCCUCUGCCUGUUGAUGAGACGCACAAUAACGAGGAUGAAGGCGAUGAUGAGGACGACAGGCUGAGCACCAGCAGCAUUGACAGCGAGGAUGCAGCGGCUGCUGCUGCAGCGGCGACAGCUCUUGCCAUGCGGACGCGAACGAGAGUGGCGGAGGAGAAUCAUUUGCCUGAAACGAAAGCAGGUGCUCCGUAUCUGGACAAUGUGGCUCAGAUGAAGCGCGGGGCAGGGCAGCGACCUCCUCCUCUGACACUUCCUGGUGCUCUAGAACCUGUUUGUAACGGUUCCCCAUCAUCUCUCGGCAGUCCUUUUAACCAAAUGAAAGCGAGCACACCUGGUAACGGAGACUCGCCAUGUUUCACGCCUUUGGGAAUGGGGACGGGAUUCUUCUCUCCGAGGUAUGGUGCUGUGGGAGGGAAUGAUGUGGAUGACUGGAUGCCGCGCAACCGCGGGCGCAAGGACCGGCAGGUGGCGGGCGGGCGCAUCAAGGCACGGAGCAUGGCGGAGAGGCAGAGGCGGGAGAGGAUCAGCGAGGGGCUGCAGAAGCUGCGCAUGACGGUGCGUGGGCAUGGGGACACGGCCACUAUGCUCGAUAAUGCUGUCUCCACUCUGAGCAAGACUCUGCUUGACGUGUCCAGGACCCUGGAUGUGGCUCUGGCGACGGAGCAGCGGCUGGAGGGCAAGGAGGGGGACCUAAUCGAUGCAGUGAAGAUGGCCUGUCUCCUCAACACUGUCCCAUCUCUUCGCCCUGCUGUCACCGUCCUGCUGCUCUCUGUCAAGGCAGCAGUAGCGGCUGGAUGGUUCUCAGAAGACCAGCAGACAAGCGUUCGAGGUUUCUGUGAUAAUGCCCUGAAGCCUUUCUCCUCCUCUCUCGCCCCUCGCCCCGCCUCUCUCUCCAAUUGGCUGGACGAAGCUCCAGGUCAGCCCCAUGCUGACGUGGCAGCCGAGGAGCAGAGGGCGCUCAGCAGGGAGGUCGAUCUGGGGGAGGUGCUGCAUGGCGUGGCAGGGUGGGUCGAGGAGGAGGGGAGGGAGAAUGGGGAGGGAGGGGGAAGGGGAGGACAAAGGGAGACGUUAGGGAAUGUACAGGACACUGAACGGGGUAGUGGGGGUAUUGGGGGAAGUGCGGGAGGGGGUCCAAUGGGGAGAGGAAGUGGGGGAGAAUGGGGGGAAGCAGAGGGGCAAGGCCGUGUGUUCGAGGGUGCUGGCAGGAGGGAGAGUGGGAAGGGGAGUGCAGGUGCGGGAGGUGUCCUGCCUCUCUCCACUGACCUUCUGCUGGAGCUCGUUGUGAAGAGGUUCCUUCCCACUAUGAGGAUAGUAGACGUCUGCACAGCACUCACUGUACAGCCAGGCUUCCAUGUUCUCACUCAUGACUUUCUCGUCUCCCACCAUCCCAAGCCGCAGCAGAAACUGCGCUUCUUCUCCAUUCGAGCAGACUUUGUCAACUCUGCUGCCACCCUCGUCUCGCCUCCUCAAGCCAGUAUACUGCUGAAUGCCAAGGAGGUGCCCAACAGAACAGCCAUCGACCAGGACCGUUCCCCACUGGUACCCUCCGACGUCAUCAAGCUUCUGAGGCUCGGGGUGAACAUCUUGAACCUCAUUGGCCGCCUCUCAGUGCCCUACAUUUUCGUGGUGGCGGUGAUGGCACCCACCCCCCUUACCCCACCCUCCAUGCUCAAGCCCCACCCCUCUCAACUCAAGCCAACUCCUCCCCACUCCACUCAACCGUCCCAAGCCUCUCAAGCCACUGCAAGCUGUCUUACACAUGCUGCCUCUGCCAGCAGCCUUUCUACGCACACACCCACAACUCCCUCUGGAGAAACCUCAAACGGUUUGCCGUACCGUGCAUUGACAGCGGAGGGGGAGAGGAGCGGUGACAGGGGGCAAGGAGAGCAGCAGCAGGGGCAGGCCCAGCUGCAGCAGCAGGGGCAUGAGGAGGAGGAGGAGGAGGAGGAGUUGCUGGAGGGACCAGUUCGAGUGUCGCUCUUGUGUCCAAUCAGACCAUAUGCAUGCACCCACAGCACGUAUGGCAUGUAUGAGAGGACGGCCAGCACUGAUCAAACCAGUUUUUUGCUCGCACUCAACCUCUCCUCUUCCCCUCUCCCCAUGCAGGUUCUUUCCGAGAGCACUGCCAGCAUUGGUCAAACUGAUGUGCUGCUCUUCCCGGAUGGUUCCUGGCAGCUUCUACCUCAGGGAACAGGCUUCUCUCCCUCCCCGGCCUCCCCUCCCUCUAAGCGACGCCGGCUCGAUGCUGCUGCACCUGCUGCUGUGCUCCCAUCACCCGCUGCUGCUGCUACAGUGCCACCAGCUGCUGAUACAGCACCAUCAUCUGCUGAUGCAACACCUUCACGUGCUGCUACAGUGGCAACAGGUGCAGCAGCAAGGGAAGUGGAGGGAUCAGGGUCUGGGGAGGACCAACGAGAAGGCAUUAUCGACCUAACAGAUGUUGGUGACGAUGCCCUGGCUGGGGGAACCUGGGGGGUUGGGAGUGAUGUGAAGCCGUGUGUGGGUAUCGGACAAGGCCAGGCACCUCAUGUGGGGGAGGCAGCAGGCAGGGCAGCUCACGGUGUUGUUCCUCCACUCCCACCCCAAGUGCGCCCUCUUGGGCCUGGGUCUUCGAGUUUUGAGGCACCUCAAAACGCACCUCAUGUGGGAGAGGCAGCAGGCAGGGCAGCUCACGGUGUGCUUCCUCCACUCCCACCCCAGAUGCACCCUCAUGCGCCUGAGCCUGCCCCUGCUGCCUUUCAUGGCCCUCCCCAUGCUGCUUCACCUGUUGACAUCGUAGCAGUGGCUGAAGGGGCUGUAGCACCAGCUUACCGUGUUCUUCCCCCACUUCCACACCAACUGCAACCUCAAGCAUCUAGACCUGCUGCCGCUGCUACCGUCCAUGCUGCUGUCGUUGGUCCUCCUACCGCCGCCCCUGCUCUCUCUCCUUCUGCUCCUCCUAUUGCCGUUCCUGCUCUCCCUCCUGUUGCCCCUGCUUCAACCCAUGGUGCUGCACGUGGCAGCCCAAUCGCCCCUUCCCCAGCUUCUGCUCUGUCUGCUCCAUGUGCCUCAUAUACUCCUCGUGUGGGCAUCGCCACUGCCAAUCACUCACAAGGGAUCCCUGCACACCCUUCUGCUGCCAGACCCCCUGCUGCUGCUACGACACUUCCUGCUGUUACCACCCUCCCUGCUGCUGCUGCUGCUGCUGCACCUGCCCAGCCUGCUGCCGCACCUGCCCAGCCUGCUGCCGCACCUGCCCAGCCUGCUGCCGCACCAGUUACCAGGCCUGCAUCUGUGCGCUUGCAGCAAGCGCGCACCCAUGCACCUUCCCAUCAGUCUCGUCCUCCUGUGCGCAGCCAUCCCCUAGGCGUGCCUGCUGCAGCCCCUGGUACAGCCUCUCCUGCUACAACCGCUCCUGCAACAGCCGCUCCUGAUACUGCCACUCCUUCUACAGGUGCUCCUUCUUCUGCCACUCCUGCUACAGCCACUCCUUCUACAGCCACUCCUGCUACAGCCACUCCUGGCGCACCCACACCUGCUGCGAGGCCCAUCCAGGCAUUGUCGCACCAGCUGUCAGCACGCCAUUUGUCGAUCAGAGGCAGCGCUGAGCUGGCAUCUCUGGGCAGGUCGCUUGCUGCUGUGGCAGCAUCAGCACUGGGGGUCGAGCGAGUUGGGAAUGAGGGUUCAGGAGAGUCUGUGAGAGAGGGGAGUGGAAUCGACCGCCACGGCCGCAACGUGCUGCACUACGCCGCCGCGCAAGGCCGCGCAGAACUCCUCCGUGUGGUGAUUCAACGCGGCGGAGACGUUAAUUCUCGGGAUUGCCUUCGGAAGACCCCUCUGCACUUUGCCGCUGCAGCCGUCGAUCCUGUAGUUGCGGAGAUUUUGCUGGAGAAAGGCGCAGACCCGUCCGCCGUGGACGCGAGUGGAUUAACUCCAUUGGACUACGCCGUUAGAUUCGGCAGCGUGGCUUGCGAGAAGCUGCUUCGGAGCACUACGAAGUGUAAUAAGGAUUCCGCCGACGAAGCGGAGGCAAAGAGAAGCGCAUCUAAGGAGCGCAGCGCUCGAUAUCCCCUGGCCACUCUGGAUGCAAAUGUUCCUCUCUCGUCGGCAACUCGUCCAUUAAAGGCUUCGGAGCUAUCGCACAAUCUGGCUUCAGAACAGUCGCACAGUCCGACAGACACUGUCUCUUCAUCUUUGUGUCGCUCCGCCUCCUCCAUUCCCUCCGCCUCCUCCAUUCCCUCCGCCUCCGCGAUUCCCUCCUACCCCCCCUCCACGAAUAAAGCCGCGCCGGCAGCAUCGGCGUUGGAGUCGCUGCUUGACGCCUGGAAGUCGUCGUGCGAAAGGUCUCGCCUUUGCGAGUCGCAGGCGACUGCUGCAAAUAACGCGACAGGCGAUCUCUCGUCGCCGUCGAGAAUAAACGUCAACACGCCAGAGGCUGCCGCUGCACCCGCGCGUGAGCUGUGCACGGCGGGUGAUCCGCGCCCGCCCGCCAUGGAGUGGACGCCGUGCAGCAUUGUCGGCGCGUGCAACGGAUCGUGCAGUCAGUUGACCGGGCCGUGCGGCUUGGCCGGACAGGUGGGCUGGCACGCGGCGGAAAAAGUCACCCGCGCGGUUUGCUGCUAA